AUGCUAAUCGAAGAAAUGCCGCGCAGCUUCGUGAAGAAGAACAACAGCUACAGCCACUGUCCGCUGAAAAAGCGGCCGGUGCACGUCCUGCCCAACGAAGAAGUUCCUGAAGUGAUCAAAGAAGAAAUCAUCGACGUCGUGAUGGACGACAUCCCCGAGCCCGAGAAUCUCAGCACGAAACCGGAAGACCUGAGCAGAAGCGCGGAACGCCAGCACCAACAACCGGAACAACGCACGCGCGCCUCCAGGUCGCCUUCCCCUGUUGUAAAAGUGUCCGUAUCGCCGCCGUUGGCGACGAGACCGACCUCCCCGUCGGUGCACCAGCACGUACACCCGGUGCACCAUCUCCACCAUCAUCAUUACCCGACGAAAGCGGUUACGCCGCCGGCAGGUAUCGCGCCGAUUCACCCGGUGGCGAAGAAGGCGCGCGUCGAGGUGAUUCAGCACGAGAACUCGUCGUCUUCGGCGGCGGCGGUGACGGCCACGUCGGCGCCGUUGCACUUCAUGGCGAGCAAGGCGCCCCUGGAGCCGUUGAAUCUGAACACGCCGGUGGAACCGCUGGCGCAUUACGCGACUCCCGCGUGGGCUCGCGCCCCGCCAUUGUACCCGCCGCACUAUCUGCCCUAUCCGGCCGCUUAUCACCGUUAUCAUCACGCUGGCGCGGAGCUGUACCCGUCUUAUCCGAUGCCGGCGUACCCUCACUCGUCGCCCGAGCAUCAUCCGUCAGUUUCACCGCCGCCGCACGCCGCGCUUACAUGCCCGACGAUUCAGCGGCCGAUCGCCAGGAGUUACGCUCACUGGCCGAGCCCCGACCACUGUGGCCUGUCGCCCACCAGCUCAUUGGGAUCGGGAUCUCUGCGAUCACCACCACCGGUCACACCUGAGGAUCUGUCCUCGCCCGGAAGCGACAGCGGAAGAUCGUCGGCCGGUAGCACGUCGACGGGCCCUACAAUCGUCAACCCGAAGAUCGAGAAAACCGGACCGACCAGCGGCUCCACGGUGUCUCUGUCCUCCACCUCGUCCACGUCCUCGUCCUCGUCGACGUCGCCCAGGUAUCAGUGCCCCGAUUGCGGCAAAUCGUACUCCACGUACUCGGGACUCUCGAAGCACCAGCAGUUCCACUGCGCCGCCGCCGAGGGACAGGCGAAGAAAUCAUUCUCGUGCAAAUACUGCGAGAAGGUGUAUGUCAGUCUGGGCGCGCUUAAGAUGCACAUCAGGACGCACACGCUGCCCUGCAAGUGCCACCUAUGCGGCAAGGCGUUCUCCAGGCCCUGGCUGCUCCAAGGACACAUCAGGACCCACACCGGCGAGAAACCGUUCAGCUGUCAGCACUGCAAUCGCGCGUUCGCCGACAGGAGCAACCUCAGGGCGCACUUGCAAACGCACAGCGACGUGAAGAAGUACUCGUGCGCCUCGUGCAGCAAGACCUUCAGCAGAAUGUCGCUGUUGACGAAGCACCAGGAGGGCGGCUGCCCUGGAGUCGCCGUACCGAUGGGCUACGGAUGCUGA